UCAGCAUUUUCCGUCGGGCGAGCUCGGCAGCCGGAGGCGGCGGGUCGCCAACGGUCGAGACUGUCCGAGCAACACCGACGCGGUGACGGGAGGGAGAGGAAUACACUUGUGUUCGGAUGCUGAUACACGAUGAUUGCGUUUUAAAAGAAUAAACUGCUAAAUUCUGCGUUUGGUUUCUUUUUCCUAAAACUGUGCUGACAUCAGAAGUGGGAUUCUUUAAACCCUUGCGUGCACUUGUACGACAAUGCCGAAAGAGCAGCGACGCCAUAAAAAAGACAAACGGCGACGUUCGCGCCGGAGUGAAUCUAGUGAUGGUGCAAGUGGGUCUCGUUCACGGCAUGAGCGGCGGCAAAAGCACAAGAAGUUGCGGGAACCGACUCCAGAACAACAACUUGCGAGACGGCACCGCUUGCGAGCUCACUCGAGGACGAGGAGUGGCGACAGUCCUGGUCGCAGCAGUCCUGGUCCUGCUUCUGUUUCGCAAAUCAGUGAGGCUAUAGCAGCUGGGUUUGGUAAGCUGGCAGAGCAGGUGGAGGUGCGUGAGACUCGCCAGCAGGUAAGUGGGAUCCCCCUUUCUACGGCCGGCAGCAUUAUUGCCGAAUUCGAUCCUUUAGAAAACGAGGUUGACGAGUGGUUGGAGUCGAUUGGUGAGUACGCUCAAAUUUAUAAUUGGGACGACAGGACAACGUGUCAUUUGGCGUUGAGCAAACUAAGAGGCCCAGCGCAAACGUGGUAUCGGACACUGCCUAGUAGAGUGUUUACGUGGCCCGAAUGGCAUGACAUACUGUUGCGAAAUUUUCCACCAAAGCGCGAUCUCCAUAAGGCGAUUCAAAUGAUGAUGGCGUACACACCAGAGCAGUGUAAAACGCUCUACGAAUAUACGUUUAAUAAACUUGCGCUAAUUAAUAAGCUAAAAUUAAAUAUUAACCCCGUUGAUCGCGUAAAUCUAAUAAUGGGUGGAAUUUGUGACGAGCAAAUUAAAUUCUCGGUCCAAGCUGCAGGUAUUACGGACCCGAUUGUUUUAGCAGGACAUUUAAAAACCAUCGAUGAUCGAGUACUUGCAACGCAAACCGCAACCCGGCACGUUUCUCACAUUCCAGCGACGCGAGCUCCAGUUUCAUCUAUUUAUAGAAACCCAAAACAAACGUCAUCUCUUUCGCGCAAUGAUACGGCUAAUAAGCCGGUCCUCGGCCCAACUUGUUUUAACUGCGGAAAAUCCGGUCACUUCCGUCGAUUUUGCCCUGGUAAAAACCAACAAGCGUCCAGACAGCCACCACUAUUGGCCAUCGAGGCAAAAAAGUCCGUGAAUUUUGUUGGUACCAAUCCAAACGAGAAAUAUUUCAAAACUAUCAUGAUCGAAGGUCACCAAAUAAAAUGUUUUGUCGAUUUUGGAAGCGUGUGUUCGCUGAUGAGUCAGGAGGCGGUUGAAAGGCUUAAAGUGGCGGCGCUGCCUUUGGACACGGCCGUGGUUUUAAUGACUCUCGGCGGGCAUAAAAUUUCUCCAAGCGGCUGUGUAGCAGCAAAUGUAACGAUCGAUGGCAUCAACAAAAAUUUGCAAUUUUAUGUCGUCGAAAAGUGUGUUAUGGGCGUUGAAAUUCUGAUUGGCCAGAAUUUCACCGACUUGUACGAUAUUAUAUACGUUAAAACAGGGAACACGUUGAUCUUUUCCCAGGAAACGAAUAUACCUUGCAAUAUUAACGCGAUUAGCGAAACUGCGUUGAAUGUAGGUAUUUCUGACAGUGACGCUGUCACAAAGUUGGUUUCGCUAAUAGACCAAUAUUCUGUUUGCACUGCUGCAAACUUGUCGCAAAUUGGUGUUACUUCUACGGUGCAAAUGACCAUUGAGUUAACGAGCUCCCAACCAAUCGCUCGACGACCGCGUCACUAUUCCGAUUUUGAACGGGAACAGAUCCGCGAUAUAGUUGGUGAUCUACUUAAAAAUGGUGUUAUUCGGGAAUCGCAUUCACCUUAUGCAAGUAGCGUACUACUGGUCAAGAAAAAGUCUGGCGAACUCCGUCUAUGUGUGGACUAUCGUCCCCUUAAUAAGCCAGAAGAACCCGCCAUCGUCGACGUCACUGACAUUCGAAACCAAAUAACUGCGCGUACAAUCAAGGACCAAGCUGCUCAAAAGUCUCGUUUCGACCGUGUUCGAACUGCUGGUCAACCAUAUCAGGAAGGAGACCUGGUGCUGAUCCGUCUAACCAGCGGCCCUGCAACCGGAACUAGCCGAAAGUUACUGCCCAAGUGGCGUGGCCCAUUCCGAGUUACCAAAGUUCUCGGAAAUGAUCGGUAUGAAGUCGCAGACAUACCGGGAGCAACCAGGUCCAAGUUGCAGUACCGUGGAGCGGCCGGCAUCGACAAUAUGAGGCCAUGGGUCGUGUAUGGGUAAGGUAGUACGGUUCAAAUCGGGAGUAGUCCAUGGUGAUUGGCGCUACUCGCAUUUGGCCGGCUUGUGGAUUGUUGAUGCUCGCUGAUUCAGGCUUGACCAGAGGUUUCUGUGUUUGAUAGUCUGGUGGGUGGCAGAGCUGGGUGACGAUCACACAAGGUGUAGUUUUAGUUUUGUUUUGCGUUAUUAUUAAGUAUUAUGUUCAUUUAAAAAUUAAGCUUCCUUCUAUGCGUUACAUUUAAUAUUCGCCCUCAUUUGUUUUGUAUUGUAUUCUUGCAUUAUGUAAGUUUGGCCAAAUUUACCCUGUUUUCUUCCAGUUACCGUCCACGGCAGACAGGCAGCUUGCUUUCUGAUUUAUAUCUUUAACGUAGGAGAAGUGACGAUCAAAGUCUAAAGCCUGUAUGUAUGAGUUUCAGUCCGAGGACCUGAACUGAGGUGCCCAUGUCCGUCGAGUGAGGACACUCUCCAUGUCAGGAAAGGCCGUGUCAGCAUUUUCCGUCGGGCGAGCUCGGCAGCCGGAGGCGGCGGGUCGCCAACGGUCGAGACUGUCCGAGCAACACCGACGCGGUGACGGGAGGGAGAGGAAUUAGGGAUGGGCAGAUUCGGUCAUCACCACGAACGGAUCGUUCAUCGUUCGGUCCCUACGAAGACCCGGUCGUCAAAUGUCGUUCAUUUCGUUCAUUUCGUUCACUUCGUUCACUUCGUUCACCGUUCACAUCGUUCACCGUUCACUUCGUUCUUAAUCAUUCAAGGCUCAGGGAUCUAUUGAUGAAUCACUCGGUCUUUCGGCUCUUCGGUCAAUGGUCUUAGUUUCCCUUUUGCUUGAAUCCGAUCACUUUAUAGGGAAAGUCAUGCUCAGAACUAUAGCAUAGGUAUUCGAAAAAA